AUGCUUGCUGAUGAACUACCUGAAAAGUUACGGGAUAUCAGAGAUGAACAGGACUUGCCACUGGCAGUUAUCGUCACGAACGUCCCUAACGAGGCAUUUUUGGAUAAACAAAAGAAGGCCAACUUCUCCGCUCUGUUCACACAAAUUGAACCCAGCUGUCGUUUCAAUUUUUUGAAAAGUUUUCAUCGAGUGAGAGUCACCUUUGAAAAGCCUGAAAACGCAGUUGCUGCAAAACUUCUUACACAGCAUCUCUCAUUCAAUGGCACAACAUUAAAAUCAUUUUUUGCUCAGAAGGCCCGUUUGCGUAAACCUCCUGAUGAUGGAUUGUUAAAAUUACCUCCAUUGGAGAAGCAGUUUUUAAUUUCUCCUCCAGCUUCACCACCGGUAGGUUGGGAACAAAGUCGUGAAAUGGCUCCGAUUGUUUGCAAUUUUGAUCUGAUGGCUAAACUUGCUGCACUCUCCGUUGAAGAUACCUUUGAGGUUUAUGAAGGAGAUGAAAAUAAACCGAAAAUAGUGGUGCAUCCUGCGAACGAAAGAGAAAAUGAUGUGUUACCUGCACAGUCACUAAUGCCUAGAACUCCUCGACCACCAAGUUUGUCUAAGCUAAGAUGA